UGUACCUAAUAAAGUGGCCGGUGAGUUUACAUCAUAUAACAAAGGACUGUUUAUAAGGACUAUUAGUAACUCAUUUAUAUAAUGUAAGUUCUGCUGGUUUAAUCUGUCUUGUCACAGUAAAUAUGUUGUUGAUGAUGGUGGUGGAGCGCGUCUCAUGUCUCCAUGUACAGCUUUCAGACAUAUCAGUCUAUAAAACAGCAGCUUUUCAUCUCCCGUCAGUUUCAGCACGUGAUCUAUCUACAGAAGAGUCGAGCUGAAAAUGAGGAAAUCAGGAAAACAUCUUGCUCAUUUUAAAGCCAGAGAGUUCCUUUAACUGUGAGGGAUUCUCCUCCAGUGCGCACUAACUAGUGCGCUAGAGAAGUGAUUGAGACACAGACAGAGGUUUAGUGUUGAUUUCUUCUUGUUUGUGUUGAUUCUUCUCCUCUUAAACAGACAGAGAAACUCCUGCUGAAGCGACUGAGCUCCACUAUUAUAAAGAUGGCCUUUAUUAAAGAGGAGAGUGAAGACCUGAAGAUUGAGCAAGUGUUCACGUUGAAGAAAGAAGAACCUGAGGAGCUGACAGAUGAAUACUACAUUAGGAGCUCUACACUGCAGCAGGAUUCUGCAGAGCUGAAGCCACCAAAGGUGGAGGAUGAAGAGGAGGAGGAGUUUGAUCUGAUGACUAUAGUCGAGUCUAUCCGGGCUGAAAGGACUGCUGAAAGAGACGAAACCGCAAGCAUCUUCACCUGCCAGGAGUGCGGAACGAGCUUCAGUGAAAAGAGAGACUUCGACGCUCACAUCGCAGAUCAUGCCAAAGAAAGACCCUACACCUGCUCUCAGUGUGGGAAGGGCUUCAUCCAGAGUCAAAGCCUCGCCACGCACAAGAAGUUCCACACCGGAGAGAUGUCCUUGACCUGCAAAGUGUGUGGAAAGAGCUUCACAUCGAUAUACAACCUCAAGUCUCACCUGAGAACUCACACCAGAGAAAGGCCGUACAAGUGCUCUCACUGUGGGAAGGCCUUCAUGAGCAGCGGAGCCCGAUGUGCCCACAUCAGAAUUCACACCGGAGAAAAGCCCUUCAAGUGCUCGCUGUGUGGAAGGUCUUUCACCCAGAGGUCAGCCCUUGCCUCGCACAAGACAGUUCACACCGGAGAGAAACCCUUCAGCUGUAAAGCGUGUGGGAAGAGCUUCACGGCAAAACGCUAUCUUCAGCGUCACGUGAAGCUUCACACUAGAGUGCAGCCCUUUACAUGUGGCCGGUGCGGAAAGGGUUUCCUCAAUAAAUCAAGUUAUCAGCAUCACAUGGAGGAGAGACCAUUCCCCUGUGGUCAAUCUGAAGAGUUUCUCAGAUGAGAUCAGCUUCGGGAACUGGCCAACUCUGAGAAACACUCUGGAGAUAGAGUUGAACACUGAGGGCUGUACAUCCUCAGACAUUUCACACGGCAUCUGAAGCAUCAGGAACAAAAUGAAUGUAGAAAGUCAGACUGAAGAUGUGGUGGAGAACCCGUUCAGAUGAUGAACUUCUGUAUGGAUUGGUGGUCCAAGUCCCUAACCAUUAGGCGACAACCUGAAACCCACAACUACCAUGCAACCAUCAGGCAGCUGUAUGAUAGAGCGGCCCAGACGGAAGACACUCCUCCUUAAAGGCGUCUGAAGGACUCUCAGAGCAUCAGAAACUAAACUCUCUGCUCUGAUGAGACUCUAACUGAACUGUUUGGAGUGAACGCCAGGCGUUACGUGUGGAGAACAGCAGGCGGCGCUCAUCAGCAGGCUAACAGCAUCCCUACAGUGAAGCAUGGUGGUGUUGGCAUCAUGCUGUGGGGAUGUGUUUCAGCAGCAGGAACUGGAAGACUAGUCAGGAUAGAGGGAAAGAUGAAUGCAGCGAUGUACAGAGACAUCCUGAAUGAAGACCUGCACAAGAGUGCUCUCCACCUCAGACUGGGGCGACGCUUCAUCCUCCAGCAGGACAAUGACCCAAAGCACAGCGCCAACAUAUCAAUGAAGCGGCUUCACAAUAACUUGCUGAGUGGCCCAGCCAGAGUCCAGACCUAAAUCCUAUUGAACAUCUCUGGAGAGAUCUGAAAAUGUCACCGUCGCUUAUCAUCCGACCUGAUAGAGCUGGAGUGGUCCUGCAUAGAGGAUUCAAAUCAGUUUUCUGUAGAUCAGUUUUGUGGGCGGAGUCACUGGGAUCCUGUUUUAUCCUCAGGAAAUUAAAGAAAGGAGAGACUUGUUGUGUUUAUUUCACUCCAGCAUGACGGUGGACACUCUACACUACACACACUUCUGUCCACACAUGUUUAUUUUGCAUCAUAAGAGCCCUUUAAUAAAAACCUGCUGAUAGUUGUGCACUUUUAAAGUCGUUAUUUAAUGAUUACUUUACAAUAGACUGUAGUUUGUGCUACGUUUAACACAGUAAAGGCUGAAUGAACGUGCG